AUGCCACACUCAACCUACUUUGAGGCUCACGACCCUGGCUUCAUCCAUAAUGACAAAAACCCUCUGCGCGUGGAAUUCGGUCGCGUCGCCAACCGUCGUGGUUGGACCAAGGCGAAAGGAAACUACCAACGUCAAUGGAAGACAUGCCUUAUAGCCGAACUGGCAUACCAUGUGGAUAAUAUUGUCGAUGGAACAGGUGAUAAGCUUGAAAAUAUGCAAAUGCUGUGUCGAGAAUAUUGCAACGAAGCACCACCAUCUAUUACCGCAUGCGAGAAGAAAUUGCGGAAAGUGCAUAUCAACCUGCUUGACUGGAUUGACGCACAGCGUCGAGAGGCUACGCCACAUAUUUUCCGAACGCACAAUGCAUUAAAGGAGUACACACAGAGUACGAAGAAAUUCAUCCCAAAAUCUGUCCUGAAGAGUGUACCAGUAAUGAAGGUGUUUAUGAGGGGGUUAUCUUGA